CGUGGCUGCCAGUGUUUCUCUCCGGAUUCAUAACACAGCGACACCAAAUAGUUUAGUGGAGGGAAAUAAAGAAAACAAUGGCAUCGAAAUGUGCGUUCGUGUUAUGUAUGGAUGUGGGCUUCUCCAUGUCCAACUCUGCUCCUGGUGAAGAGCCUCCGUUUGAACUUGCCAAAAAGGUUAUGCAGAAGUUUGUCCAACGUCAGGUGUUUGCAGAGACCAAGGACGAGCUGGCAUUAGUUCUGUUUGGGACAGAUCGCACUAAAAAUCCUCUGCAGCAGGAUGAUCAGUACCAACACAUCUCUGUACAUCGCCACCUCAUGAUUCCAGACUUUGACCUUCUGGAAGAAAUUGCAAAUCAAAUCCAACCAGAGAACCAUCAGGCAGAUUGGCUGGAUGCACUUGUUGUCUGUAUGGAUCUUCUUCAAAAAGAAACACAGGGGAAGAAGUAUGAGCGACUCAUCAUUGCCCUUUUGACUGACCUCAGCACUGAAGCCAGCUCUGAUAACCUGGACAUUAUCAUUGAAAACCUUAAAAAGACUGGAAUUACCCUUCAGUUCUUUUUGCCAUUCCCUGCUGAUGAAGAGGACGAGGGAAGUGGUGGCGGGGAUGGAGGGGCUCCAGGACCCCCAAGGCCGGGGAAAGGCCUGUCCCCAGAACAGCAGCAGGGUCUGGACAUGGUCAAACACAUCAUGCUGAGUCUGGAUGAGGCAGACGGUCUGGAUGAAGUCUACAGCUUCAGGAAUGCACUAGAGCAGCUUUAUAUGUUCAAGCGCAUUGAGAGAAGACCCAUGGCUUGGCCCUGUCAACUAACCAUAGGCAGUACACUAUCCAUCCGAAUUGUCGGGUAUAAAGCAGUGACAGAAGAGAAACUGAAGAAAAUGUGGUUUAAUGUGGAUGCCCAAUCAAACCGGAAAGAUGAUGUGAAAAAAGAGACUGUCUACUGUUUAGAUGAUGACAAUGAAACAGAGGUACAAGCAGAGGAUACUCUCCAAGGUUUCCGUUAUGGCAGUGACAUCGUUCCCUUCUCCAAAGUGGACCAAGACCAAAUGAAAUAUAGCCAUGAUGGGAAAUGCUUUGCUGUUCUUGGCUUUACCAAACAAAGCCUGAUCCAGCGUCAUCAGUUUAUGGGAAAUCAGGUUCUCAAGAUAUUUGCUGCCAAAGAUGAUGAGCAUGCAGGAAUUGCACUGUCAGCACUUAUUCGAGCUCUGGACCAGCUUAAUAUGGCUGCCAUUGUGAGGUAUGCCUAUAACAAAAGCAGCAAUCCACAAGUUGGAGCUGCUUUCCCGUGUAUCAAACAGGACUAUGAGUGCCUUCUUUACGUCCAGCUGCCUUUUACCGAGGACCUCAGACAGUUUUCAUUCCCUUCUCUUAAAAACAAAAAGUUCACCCCUUCAGAAACUCAGCUGUCUGCUGUGGAUUCUCUCAUUGACUCCAUGAUGCUUGUUGAGGAGGAUGAAAAUGGAGAACAUAAAGACAUGCUCAAGGUCCACCGCAUUCCAAAUCCUGCCUUCCAGAGGCACUUCCAGUGUCUGCAUCAUCGAGCUGUUGACCCUGGGACACCUCUGCCCCCCAUGGAGCCGUGGCUAAAGGCGUCUUUGGAGCGGCCGGAGGUGGUAAACCAGCGCUGCCAGGCUCCACUGAAUGAGCUCAAGAAGAAGUUUCCUUUGACGGAAGUGGAAAAGAAGAAAACAAAAAAGACGAGCGCACAGAUCUUUGGCAAAGAAUCUGAGGAGACUGAUGCCAAAAAGGCCAAAAAAGAUGAAGAGGAUGAGGAAUAUAACCUGGCUGACAUUGCUGAAGGCUCUGUUACCUCGGUGGGAAGUGUGGAUCCGGCACGAGACUUCUGUACACUCAUCCGACAGAAGACACUUCCAUUUGGUGAUGUCUGUCAGCAGCUGACUCACAGGAUAGAGCAGUUGCUUAGCAACAAGAACGCACACUACUACAUGAAAAGCAUCACCUGUAUCCAAGCUUUCAGAGAGCAGUCUGUUAAGCUGGGGAAUGCAGAUUUGUAUAAUAGUUACCUUCAGUCCUUGAAAAGGAGCAUCCCAAACAGAGGACUGGAAGAAUUUUGGGACCUGCUGGUUCAAGACAGUAUCACUCUGAUCAGCAAAGAUGAAGUUGACGGAAGUACAAUAUCAAAGCUUGAAGCUAACCAGUUCCUGGUUUCAGAAGAGAAAGAAGAGAAAAAGGCUGCUCCAACUGUUGAAGAUACCGGAGACGUGGAUGAUUUGGUGUGUUUUCUUUGGUUCCUAAACUAUUUUUUUUUUAGCAUGAGACAAAUGAGAUUAGUAAACAAUUGGAACACACUAGUCAGGGAAAUGUAAGAAUAAGAGUUAGUAAAAAUCUUUAGCCUCAGAUGUGUUUUGUAUGUGUUGGCGCUCAUUGCUUGGGUUUGGGACAUUUUCUGCAAACACAAAUCGUUUAGAGACACCUCUGCCUGCUUACCUCUGUGUACAUAAAGUGUCAGGAGACAUGAGACAUAAAACCUAUGUCUGUCCCUCUCUUCCUGCACAGCUGGACAUGAUGUGAUCCAAAAGGAGAGAGAGGAGUGAAUGCAGGAAACCCAUGAAGAAUCUGAACCUCACCAGAGCAACUCCUUCAGUCGUCCAUUGUUCUGGCUCCCACUCAGAGGCUAGAGUGAGAUUCUGUGGAGGAGAGCAGCUGUAGUGCCCUGUAAAGCACUGUGUUUAACUAUGGCCAUAAUCUAAACAGAGCUGCUCUGUACUGAGUAGUGUAGUUUUAACAAAUGUAUAAAAGGUGAUAAAUGUCAAGGCACAGCUGUAACAGGUUUUUAUAUUCUGAUUAAACACGGUUUAUGGUUGACAAAUGA